UCUUGUAACGGUCGUGGCGGCAGGUUCACUCGGCUGCGUCUGGUCACGACGAGAAAAUCUGGAGGCAUCGUCGAGCGUUGUCACGUUGAAUACUCGAUCGAGUGCGUAUGUAUUGUUGCAGUAUGGACGCUCGGCGACUCUUAUCGAGAGCGUAAGCCUCCUUUAAUUCCGCCGAUCGAUUAACGAAGAAAAAAAAGCGCCGGUCAAAAUGUAUCUGUACAAUUUGACUUUACAACGCGCCACCGGCAUCACGCAUGCGGUACAUGGCAAUUUCUCCGGCAGCAAGAUGCAGGAGAUCCUUGUUUCCCGCGGCAAAUCAUUGGAAUUGCUGCGACCGGAUCCAAAUACGGGAAAGGUUCACACUCUGUUGACUGUUGAAGUUUUCGGCAUUAUCAGAUCUUUAAUGGCAUUUAGAUUAACCGGUGCGACGAAAGAUUAUAUCGUCGUAGGCUCGGAUUCCGGGCGCAUAGUAAUUCUAGAGUAUAUUCCCGCCAAGAAUAUGUUCGACAAGGUACAUCAGGAAACCUUUGGCAAAAGUGGUUGUAGACGCAUUGUACCUGGCCAGUAUCUAGCCAUUGAUCCAAAAGGAAGAGCAGUUAUGAUAGGCGCUAUUGAAAAGCAGAAGCUUGUAUACAUUCUAAACAGAGAUGCCGAGGCCCGUUUGACGAUCUCUUCUCCAUUGGAAGCUCAUAAAAGCAACACACUUGUAUAUCACACAGUUGGCGUCGAUGUUGGUUUCGAUAAUCCUAUGUUUGCGUGUCUAGAAAUCGAUUACGAGGAAGCUGAUAGCGAUCCAACGGGCGAUGCGGCGGUGAAAACCCAGCAAACUCUGACACUGUACGAGCUCGAUCUCGGUCUAAAUCACGUGGUGCGAAAGUACAGCGAGCCGCUGGAGGAGCACGCUAAUUUUCUUGUAUCCGUGCCGGGCGGCAACGACGGUCCGAGCGGUGUGCUAAUCUGCUCCGAGAAUUAUCUCACCUACAAGAACCUCGGUGAUCAGCACGAUAUUCGUUGCCCGAUCCCGCGACGACGCAACGACUUAGAUGAUCCGAGAGGGAUGAUAUUCGUGUGCUCGGCUACACACAAAACGAAAAGCAUGUUCUUUUUUCUGGCGCAGACGGAGCAGGGAGACAUUUUCAAAAUCACACUAGAGACGGACGAGGACAUGGUUACCGAAAUCAAGCUCAAGUAUUUCGAUACGGUACCCGUUGCAGCCAGUAUGUGCGUUCUGAAAACGGGUUUCCUGUUUGUGGCUUCAGAAUUCGGCAACCAUUACCUGUAUCAAAUAGCGCAUCUGGGCGACGACGAUGAUGAGCCCGAAUUCAGUUCAGCGAUGCCGCUCGAAGAAGGCGACACCUUUUUCUUCGCACCACGACCACUUCGCAAUCUUGUGCUAGUUGAUGAAAUGGAUAGUCUGUCGCCUAUAAUGGCUUGCCAGGUGGCAGAUCUGGCAAACGAGGAUACACCGCAAUUGUACAUUGCUUGCGGUCGAGGACCGCGAUCUACUCUGCGCGUGCUACGUCACGGUCUCGAGGUAUCCGAGAUGGCAGUGAGUGAAUUACCUGGUAAUCCAAAUGCCGUAUGGACUGUGAAAAGAAGAAUCGAUGAGGAAUAUGAUGCAUACAUCAUAGUGUCCUUCGUGAAUGCCACGCUCGUACUCAGUAUUGGCGAGACUGUCGAGGAAGUGACGGAUUCGGGUUUCCUCGGUACGACACCAACCUUGAGUUGCUCAGCGUUGGGCGAGGACGCAUUAGUGCAGGUGUAUCCUGAUGGUAUACGCCAUAUACGAGCAGAUAAGCGUGUCAAUGAAUGGAAGGCACCUGGUAAGAAGACCAUCGUAAAAUGUGCGGUUAAUCAACGUCAAGUUGUGAUCGCUCUCACCGGAGGAGAACUUGUCUAUUUCGAAAUGGAUCCCACUGGACAAUUGAAUGAAUAUACAGAGAGAAAGAAGAUGCCGUCGGAAGUAAUGUGCAUGGCCCUCGGAAAUGUUGCCGUCGGCGAACAACGUUCGUGGUUUUUGGCCGUUGGCCUACAGGACAAUACAGUGAGGAUAAUAUCGUUAGAUCCUUCGGACUGUCUAGCGCCGAGGAGUAUGCAAGCAUUACCGGCGGCUGCGGAGAGUCUAUGUAUCGUAGAGAUGGGCGCCAAGGAGACCGACAAUUCGGAGGAUUCGUCGCCACAACAAUCCAGUUUAUAUUUAAACAUAGGUUUGCAGAAUGGCGUAUUGCUCAGAACUGUGUUAGAUCCGAUUUCCGGCGAUCUUGCGGACACGAGAACACGUUACUUGGGUUCUCGUCCCGUCAAGCUCUUUAGAAUACGUAUGCAGGGCAAUCAAGCUGUACUGGCAAUGAGCAGUCGAUCGUGGCUGAGUUACUAUCAUCAGAAUCGUUUUCAUCUCACUCCCCUGUCAUACGAAAGUCUCGAAUUUGCAUCUGGCUUUAGUUCCGAGCAGUGUCCGGAAGGUAUAGUUGCCAUAUCGACGAACACGUUGAGGAUUUUGGCACUUGAAAAACUCGGUGCCGUGUUCAAUCAAGUGAGCUUUCCGUUGGAAUAUACACCACGGAAGUUUGCGAUUCACGCCGAUUCCGCACACUUGGUGGUCAUCGAGACUGAGCACAAUGCUUACACGGAAGAGACGAAGCAACAGAGGAGACUACAAAUGGCGGAGGAGAUGCAAGAGGCGGCUGGCGCCGAGGAAGCUGCCGUCGCCCGGGAAUUGGCGGAGGCGUUCUUAUCGGAGGAACCGAAUGAGGCUGUUUUCGGUGCUCCGCGAGCGGGACCAGGCCUAUGGGCCUCGCUGCUGAGAAUAAUGGCACCGACUACCGGCCAAACGUUCGAGGUGCAUCGUUUUGAGCAAAAUCUAGCUGCAUUAUGUCUUUGUCUCGUGAAAUUUGCCAAUCAAGGAGAUCAACUGUUCCUCAUCGUCGGAGUUGCAAAGGAGUUUCAAUUAAAUCCCAGGGUUAGCAACGGCGGUUUUCUUUACACAUACAAAGUAAAUACAGAGUGUACUAGUAUCGAGCUGCUGCAUAAAUCUCCGUUGGACGAGGUACCGCUGGCCAUUUGUCCGUAUCAGGGUAGAGUACUGGUCGGUGUGGGUAGAAUGUUGCGGCUUUACGACAUGGGUAAGAAGAAGUUACUGCGCAAGUGCGAGAACAAGCACAUACCUAACGCCGUGGUCUCGAUCAACGCCAUCGGUCAACGGAUUUACGUCAGCGAUGUACAAGAGUCCGUAUACGCCGUGAGGUACAAACGCCAGGAAAAUCAAUUGAUCGUUUUCGCGGAUGACACACAUCCCAGGUGGAUCACAACUACAUGUGUGUUAGAUUACGAUACUGUUGCCACCGCCGAUAAAUACGGGAACAUAGCUGUGAUACGGUUGGCGACCGGCAUUAACGACGACGUGGACGAAGAUCCUACGGGGAACAAGGCUCUGUGGGACCGAGGAUUACUGAACGGCGCCAGCCAGAAAGCGGACACGGUGGCGUGCUUUCACGUAGGCGAGACGGUAAUGUCGCUACAAAAGGCGACCCUUAUACCCGGUGGUUCUGAGAGCUUGGUUUACACGACUCUUAGCGGAACGGUGGGCGUCCUCGUGCCCUUCACCAGUCACGAGGAUCACGAUUUCUUUCAACAUCUGGAGAUGCAUAUGCGAUCCGAACACCCACCUUUAUGCGGUAGGGAUCACCUGUCCUUCCGGUCAUACUAUUAUCCAGUGAAGAAUGUCAUCGAUGGGGAUCUCUGCGAGCAAUUCAAUUCGAUUGAACCCGUUAAGCAGAAAAGCAUCUCUGGUGAUCUCGAGAGAACACCGUCCGAGGUAUCGAAGAAACUGGAGGACAUACGUACGCGAUACGCGUUCUAAAUGUUCAUCCUUGAGUAUCGUGUCUUUCGAUAUAUUGUUUUUCAAUGUUUUUCAAAUUCGGCGUCCCAUAAAAGGUAGAUCUUGAGAAAUUUGUUGUACAUUUAUUAUAAUCUCUAUUUUUUACACAUAACAUUUAACUAGUAUUCUCUUCCCACUUUCGAAAUUUUUCGACGAUCAUAAUCGACCGUGCAAACCAAGUUCUAUUAUAUGACAUAAUCUGUACAAAAAUCGAUAUUUUCUACAUGUGUGAUAACUUUAUUAUACAUUAAAAUUCUUGAUUCAUUUUUUAAUAUAUAUUCAUUAAUAUCCAGGAAAUGUAUAUUCAAUUUCCUUUAGGUAAACAAUUAUCACAUGGAAAAAAAGUAAAGAUAUUUUAAUAGCCAUUAGGAGGCAAAUUAAAAUAAUCCGCCUAAGUGCAAGUUUUGUAUUUCUGUAACAAAUAGCGAACUGCUAUGAAAAAGUUGAUUUAUAAAUGUGUAAAAGUAACGAAUUUCACAUUGUUACGAAUAGAAAAUAUUUAAUUUUAUUUGUAUCAGUGUAGAUAUACACAUAACGCGCAAUAUAUUUCAUUACUACUACUAACAACUACUACAUACCGCAUAUAUAAACUAAUGUAUUGCUAUUCAAAUAGUAUUAUAUGAUGGUAAUUAAUUUUUCUCAGCUUAUUGCUGUUUUGCAAACUUGCAUGUUGGAUCAUCAAGUUUAUAUAAUAUUAUUAAUUCAUCAUUCGCCCCAAUAAUGAUUUGUUUAUAUCUACAUACUCACACACAACACGAUCUUUGAAUAUAUUUAUUAAAGGAGGAGUA